UGCGGCUUUUUGGUUGUGUAGCACCUUGGUGUAAACAAAUUAAUUUAUAAAUCAGUAAAUGUUCUCCUUGUUACGUUUUCUGUAAUAACAAUGAAUGCCACGAGUUUAUAUGUUUCUACUUGUCGCUUAAUAAUAUUGGCUGACGCGGCAGACAAGUCGUCAUGGACAGAUUUGUUUCGUUUAGUUCCUUAUUUACGACAAUCUUUAUCUUGUACAGUGUGUGGUAACUUAUUGAAGGAGCCCUAUACACCAACGAGCGCCAGCUGCCAACAUCAUGUUUGUAAAAAGUGCAAAGGUGGAAGAAAAAAACUAAAGCCUUCUUGUAGUUGGUGCAAAGAUUAUGAAAGUUAUGGUGAGAACUUACAACUACGUAUACUUCUGCAGUGUUAUAAGAAAUUGUGCGAGUAUUUUAUGGGUACAGACGUGUACAAAACAUUAUUGGACGAGGACGAAAUUGCGGCAGGAGUUAAUGGGGGCACUGUAGCCAGUUCAGGCUUAAUAGACUUAAUACAAGAAGGGGCUGGGUUUUCUGACGACUAUAAGAGCACAGCGGGGCUCUCUAAGUCGGCGUACAGUAUCUUACCUUGUGUAUAUACUAACUCGGCCGGUACACAGACCCACGCUGCGUCUACAUCCAGUAACUCGGAAACUAGAUCCUCUAAAGGCUCACCAAACUCUAGGUCAACCUCUAAUGGAUCACCACUGUACUCUGUUAUGUACGCAGGCUCAGGAAAUAAAAUUACUAUUAAGAGAAAAAACAUUGAUGACACAGAUUCACAUGAAUCAGGAUCAAGCCGGGAGAGUAAAUCAAAUCAAUUAGGUUUUAAGAAGCCAUCAAAUAGGUCUCGCAAUUCCGCCAGUAGUAAAAGAAAAGGUUGUAGAUGUGGCAAUGCUACGGCUACUCCAGGCAAGUUGACGUGCUGUGGCCAACGGUGUCCCUGUUAUGUGGAGAGCAAACCAUGCACUGAGUGCAAAUGUAAAGGCUGUAGAAACCCACACAGACCUGACGGGAUGAAGGUUCGGCCGCAUAUACCUCAACUAGACAGCAUUCAGCUGACUCUAAACACUAACCCUGACACGUCACCAUCAUGCUCAGGUUCUUUGGACAGCCUAGAUACUGAUACCCUUACCAUGGAAGCCAUGGAAGAAUCUCUCAAUUACACUGCUGAUCUCAAGUCUUCCAAUAUUAAAGUAUACACAAGUCAGCUACAAGAGGUGUCUCCAUCCUUACCUGCCACCAUUAUGAUGGAUGAAGAGUUUGCUGGCUCCGGAGAGGAGGAGAUGAGCUCUCCUCACGAGUACGCGCUCGCGUCGCCGCACGACAUGCAUGACAUGCACGAUAUGCAUGACAUGGACGACAUGCAUGACAUGCACGACAUGCAUGACAUGGACGACCGCGACCAGUCGCCGCUGUCGCCCUCUUCGCAUGACGUCAAUAGUGACAUCGAGGUGGAUGUAUGACACCAACUCUCCCUCGCGAGUGACUAGAACUGCCUACCAACUUGCAUACUGACACUAGUGCUCAGAAUAACUCUGCAGUGCUUCUCUGCCUCCUGAUAGUCACCGACAGUGGUACUGCUAGUCAUAUGCGUGCCUCACUGGUAUUAGCUGUAAGUUUACGUUUGCACCGUAGGACAGUUUCUGUUGUAAGCUACAGUAUAAAUUAUUGUAUUGCUGCUGGAUUGAUAGCUGGAACAAUUCUAUAUCUCGUGUGAUUGGAAUUAUUUGUUGGGUCCAUCGAAUUUAACAUAAUAGACAUUGUGUGUUUAGGUUUAGCAGAUACUUAACUGAGUACUUAACUAUCCAAAGUAUAAUGUCUCAUGUGGACAAUGAGAAAGAAAUAUUCACUCAUUAACAUAGAGAUAUAGUUAAUGUUAGUAUUCCUAAUUUGGGUUAAAUUAUUAUUAUGGAUGUAUGAUCGUAAUAAGAAUACUUAGUGUGACUAGCUUUUACAAUAUUAGCUUGAUAGUAUUUUACUUUUUUAAUUCUGUAUCAUAUAUUUUACUAGAUUUAUAUUUUAAGAUAUAAGAUAUAUGAUUUAAAAAUAUUGAAAUGGUCUUAAAAUGUUGUAUUGUUUUAGUGAACUAUCUCAUAAAAGAUUCAAUGGAAUCACGUUUUUACCCAAACCCUAAAAUUACGUUAAAUGCAUAAUUAACUGCGUAAGUAAUAAGUAUGUGUCACAUCACAUAGGUAUCUAGGUUAAUAUCAAAAUGAAUGAAUUGUCAUUCCAAAGAUUUCUUUUAAUUCUCGACUUUCGAAAAUAUUAUUUAUUACCUUUACUUGAUACUGUUGUAUAUAAUUAUUUCUUAGACUUGAACAUAGAGCUGUUUUACCAUGAAUAAUUGAAUUAAACCAAUUUGCGUAAUUCAUUCCUCUAUAAAUGUUGAUGUCGCGUCGUUUUAAAAUCGUUUCAAUAUAACUAGCAAUCAAGAUAUUUUUUAUGAUUUACAUAUGAUUUUAUUAUUUAAUAUAAUAUAAUACUUAUAAUAAAAAGACAUGAAGUAACUAUUAAAUUAAGAACAAAAUGAUUAUUCUGAAUUGUUUCCAUUAGUUGUCCACAAUAUAAUAUUAUAUGAAUAACUACAAAGUAAACUGUGAUAUUGCUGUCACCUUUCGUUUGAAAUGUCACAAUUUGUUCCGCAUAGAACUUUGAUAAUUAUAUAAAAUCAUGCUUAGAUUAAUAACGGCACUGGAGUACAAAAGUUUUAUAGGUCUUACCGUAACGUUAAUGUCGAAUAAUAUAAUAAAGCAAUUAUUAUCGUCUCGUCAGCAAACGAUGAAAUUAAAAGUAUUUUUUGUUA